AUGGGUAGCCUGCCAGCAGAUCGAGUUCAGCCUAACCCAGCUUUUCGCACCACAGAAGUGGACUAUUGUGGACCGUUCUAUCACAAGUUAGAAACCCGGAACAAAGCACCCCACAAGUGCUACAUCAUCGUCUUUGUCUGCUUUUCGACGAAGGAUGCGCACUUGGAAGUCGUCCAGGAUCUCAUAACGGAUACUUUCAUUGCAGCUUUGAGAAGAUUCAUUAGCCUCAGAGGCAGUCCACGUACUAUUUGGAGGGAUAAUGCGACAAACUUUCUUGGCGCUAAACGAGAGCUAGCGGAACUGAAGGAGUUAUUUUUGAGCGAACCGCACACGGCUUCGAUAACUUCCUCCUGUUUAGCGAAUGGGAUUGAUUGGAAGUUCAUACCCCCGCGGGCCCCACAUUUCGGUGGUCUAUUGAGGCGGCUGUAA